GAGGUAGUUUUGAUUAAAACAUGUUAAAAUCACACCCAUCCCCAAUCCGAAUCUCAUUCCUCUCAAAAUCGCAUCUGCACUCUCUACUUUUGAUUUGGGUUGCAGGCAUCUGCAUCUCUCAAAAUCGCAUCUGACCUUGACUAUUGAUGCGAGUUCUUGGUGGUUGGUUUAGACAAACUCCGACUUCGUUCUCUCACAAUCGCAUCUGUGAGAUCUUGGGAGCCAAGUGAUAAAGCUGAUCUUAACAAGACAAAGAUCAAUAAAUAGUUAGCAACAAUGGCAGACUAUCACUUUGUCUACAAAGAUGUUGAAGGAGCAUCAACUCAAUGGGAUGAUAUUCAAAGAAAACUCGGGAACUUACCUCCCAAACCCCCUGCCUUCAAACCCGAUCCUUUCACUCCUGCAGAAGAUGAAGAUUCCAAACCUAAAACCAAAUCUUGGAUCGAUAACAAGACAGAAGAAGAACUCGAAGAUUUAGAAGAUGAUCUUGAUGACAAUCGUUUCCUCGAAGAAUACAGGAGAAAGAGGUUAGCAGAGAUGAAGCAAACAGUGAAAGUUGCAAAGUUUGGGUCAGUCAUUCCCAUUUCAGGAUCCGAUUUUGUUCGUGAGGUAUCACAAGCUCCGUCUGAUGUGUGGGUGGUUGUUAUUCUAUACAAAGAUGGGUACCCAGAGUGUGGAGUUCUAAUGCAGUGUGUGGAAGAACUGGCAACAAUGUAUUCAGCUACCAAAUUUGUCAAGAUUAUAUCAACUGAUUGCAUUCCUAAUUAUCCAGAUUGUAAUCUUCCCACUGUGUUGGUGUACAAUAAUGGUGCAGUGAAGGCAAAUUAUGUUGGGUUGCAUACUUUUGGUAGGAGAUGCACUCCAGAAGGUGUUGCUAUGAUUUUGUGCCAAUCAGAUCCUGUUCUUAAUGAUGGGCUCAAUGGUGAAGCUUCUAGAGAAGCUGUUCUUGAAGGAGUGAGGAAAAGGUUUAUAGAGAAAGUGGUUACACUGCAUGAAAAUGAUGAUGAUGGGUCUUCAAGUGAUUAACAUCGUGUUGUUUUCUUUGUUUUAUGUUAAAGUAUAAUAGGUUUUGUUUAGUAACAUGAUCUGAGAUUUUAUCCCCUUUUAGAUCUGUUUGUUUGGCUUUCUUUUGCUUUGUCUAUGUUGUUCUGCAACUGCUCUUUGAUUUUUUUUUAAUGAAUUUGAUCUAUUUGACUGA